AUGCUCAUUUUAGUUGCCAUCACUGUUAUUUUUAUUAAUACAUAUGUUCUUACAAAACGAGACAGUUCUGAUGUACUACCGAACGGAACUCCUUCUAAAAUUGAAUUAACUCCUAAUCAAAAUCAAACAAUAAAAUCUAAGAAACAAAAUCCAAUCGAACGACAACGACUUCUAAGACCACCUAUACCCGAUGCUGGAUGUGAAAUUGAUGAAAAAUGUUCAGAUGAUGCUAUUCCAUAUAAAAUUAUUUCGGGAGAUGGAGUUGAAAAAUAUCCAAUUAUAUGCUUUAAUAAUAAAUUAUUAGUACAUAAAAAUUUAAAAGAUUCAAAAAUUGGUCGUGGUAUUAAUUUAGCUGCAUUUGAUGGUGCAACAUUGGAUGUUAAAUUAACAGACACAUUUGAUACUUAUCUUGAAGAAACAUUCUUCUUACGAACACUUAAAGUUAGCUUAAAUGAUGGUGAUAUUAUUAUUCUAGCUAGUUUUGAUGAAAUGACAUAUGGAUUAAAAGACGCAUCAUUAUCUAUAUUAGAAAGAUACGGUAGUCAACUAAUAAAAAUUAUUAAAUUUCGUGAUUCGUUUGUUAUGCUUGGACAAAAAGGACUUGCACGUGGAAAAGCUAUUGAAAUGCAUCAACCAAAAGGAAAUCGUGAUUUCGCUCCUGCUGCACAUAUAAGUGGUUGUGCUAAAUUUCCUUUGGGUUCAAUAACACCACUAUUAUUUCCGAGUCCAGAAGUAAAUAAAGAAGGAAAAAUAGCUGUUGGUACAUCAAUGAAAAAUUGUGGUUUAUUAGAAGCAUGUAAAGAAAAUGAAUUUGCUGUACAUGUUUAUACAGGCAAAGAUAAAAAUGAUGAACCAAAAAUAUGUGUUGAUGGAAAAUAUGUUAUGGCUAAAGGUAUUAAUGAUGCUGGACGUGGUAUAAAUAUUGUUGUUGUUUCAAAUGGUAAAGAAGUUAUUCGUACCGGACAUUUUGAUACAUGGCAAGAAGAUAGUACAAAUUUAGAAAUAUUUCUUGAAAAUCUUGAAGAAAAUGUUAUUAUUAUAGCAGUUACAUUUGAUGAAGCAUCAACAAACUUACGAAAUUUCACUCGAAUUAUAUUACAAGGUAUUGGCAGUCAGAAAAUAGGGGUUAGUCAGCACUGUAAAAAUCUCUUUUUUGAUCUUGGCAGUGCAACAAUACAAAAUUUAAAAUAUCGCGACGCUUGGGCAUUUGUGGGUCGAAAGGGCAUUAAAGGUUUUAGCCCUUAUGAAGAGAUGUCACAUUCAAGCACUGGCAAUGUUUAUGCACCUCCAAUUGACAAACGAAUGUGUGUACCACAAACUUUAAAAGGAAUGAAAAUUCGACCUGAUCCAUUACCAUUUCGUAAUGAUAAACGUCGUGAUUUUUGUUCACGUUAUGAUGGUUAUGGAGAUUUUUGUAGUGAUACAAAUGUUGAUAAAAAUUUAGCAAAUAUUCCAUUAAUAAAUAAAACAUUAGAAGAUAAUUCAAUAUAUUCAAUACCCAUACUUGUUAUUGCUGGAAUUUCACAUAAUUCUCUUCGUAUGUGUCUUGAAACUUUAUUAAUGCAACCGGGUAUUCGUGUAGAAAAUAUUGUUGUGGCUGUUGAUGAAAAAUUUUCUGAACCUCUUGCAUUAAUUGAUCUAUUUGGAUUUCGAGGAGAAAAAACAGCAAGUAGUUCAACAUAUAUGGAACAUUAUGAAAAAGCUUUAAAUAAAAUUUGGGAAAUUUAUCCAAAUAAAGAUAGUGUGAUUAUUAUUGAAGAAGAUCUUAUUUUAUCACCAGAUUUUCUUUAUGUAUUUGCAUUAUUAAGUGAAACAUUUCGAAAAGAUGAAACAAUUGGUGCCAUACAAUUAUGGAAUCCUAAUUCUUAUGAUAUUGUCAAUGGUUCGAUUGAUUUAAUAUAUCGUGUUGAUAAUUUCUAUGGUUUAGGAUAUUUAUUAAAACGUACAUUUUAUAAUAAAAAUAUGAAAAAUUCAUUUACACAAUGUUGUGGAAAACGAGUUUGGGAUAAAUGGACAUUUUCAGAUUCAUCAUCAUCAUUUCUUAUGCCAGAUAUUUCACGUGUAUUUCGAAAACCUAUUGACGGUAAUCUAGUUAAUACGAAAUACUUGGAAAUACUUUUUAAUCGAAAACGACAAACGAGCUUAAAUCCAUUUCCACCAUUAUCAAAUAUUGAUACAUUACGUAAAGAAAACUAUGACGCCUUUUUAAUCAAAUCGAUUAAUUUGGCAACAUUACUCAAAUCUUUAGAACCGUGUAAUACAAUCAAUCUCAAUAUGUAUAAUUUAAUUAAAAGUCAAAAUGCUUCCAAUGCAUUCAAAUAUAUUUAUCAACAAGAGUCAAUAAAUGAUAUAGCGUCACUUACACCAAUUUUACCUUGUUUUGGACUAUUUCCACAAGAACCACUUGGUCUUUAUUUUGGUAUUCUUCGUUUUAGUUCAAAUAAAAAUCAAUUUUAUCUUGUUGGAUCUAAAUCACCUUUAUAUAAAAGUAUUUCAACUGGUAUUUAA